ACUCAGUACUGUGUAGUCACAAGUCAGCAGCAACCUCGUGGUGUUGUGGAAAUUUGUGUGUGAUAUUCUCCAGACUGUAGAACUGAAGCGAUGGACCAGGAUCCAACUAAGUGGAUAAAAAAAGAUGAAACUGAUGAAGUACAAACUGAGUUACACUUCAUAGGCCAAGAUUAUCCAUGCAGCAUGAAUGUAAAAGAGGAGUUGGAGGAGGGUGUGAAUAAAGAGUUUCUUGAAGACCCAUUAAAGGCUGGCGACCCUAGUGUUUGCGUAAAGCAAGACCCUGAACUGAAACGCCAUGCUUCUGGAUCUGAGCUUAAUUCUGUUGAAGAUCCAUUGGGAAUAUCUUUGUCCACUGAUUUUAUCAAGGAGGAUCCUGAAUUAAAUAUAACUGAGAAUACUGUGGAAACCUCAAUAAGAUGUGCAUCUGAUAGUGCAAGAUUUACUCAGACUACUGGUGGGAGGUGCAGCAUAUCAUGUGAAGAACCUUGUCACCAUAGACUGGUCCAGGAUGAAUUGGUGAUAGACAUGGAGAAGUCAACACAUGGGUUCAGUACCAAUACAGAAGAUAUGACUGUUGAUAAGGAAUGCUCAGUUGCCAUCCAAUAUGACUGUAGUACGAGGGAAAAGGAAUUACAUGUAUAUAGCUGUAAUUUCUGCCAACAGAGCUUUUCUUCAAAAUACAGACUCACAAUGCAUGUGUUUUUGCACAUUGGUGGAACGCAACCACCUUCAUAUGUUUGUAAGUGGUGUGGUGAGGUAUUUCACAGUAAUGUUGGCUUGAAAAAGCAUAUGAGAAUGAGUGAGAAUUGUCGAGUUUUAACUGCAGACAGUCAUGAAAAAUAUGGACAUAGUGAUGAGCAUCAAACCACUACCUCGUUGGAUAGCGAGGCAGAAGUUUCUGUCACAGAACACAAUGACCAGUCUUCAUGUAAGGAAACUUGGAAAGAUUCAAACAAGCCCUCUAAUGACAUAUGUAACACACAUAUGACAAAUGAUAGAGAGAAAACAAGUAAUUAUGGAACUUUGUCUAUAGCUGUUAAUGUCAGUGCCCAGGCUGAUCUACUUACGGCAAACAGAACUCACAGAUGUGGCAUUUGUGGCAAAUUGUUUGCUAGGGUUGGUGUUCUCAACAGACAUGUUUCCAUUCAUACUGGGAAAAGACUUCACAAAUGUGAUAUUUGUGACAAAUGGUUUGCCCAGUCACGUUAUCUAAAGGCUCACACAUUAAUUCACACUGUGAAGAAACCUUACAUGUGCAAGAGUUGUGGGAAAUCUUUUACUAUGUUAGGUGAUCUCGAGAAACAUUCAUUAAUUCACACUGGAAAUAAACCUCACAAAUGUGAGAUUUGUGGGAAAUCUUUUACUAAGUUAGAUAAUCUCAAGCAACACUCAUUAAUUCACACUGGAAAGAAACCUCACAAAUGUGAGAUUUGUGGGAAAUCUUUUACUAGGUUAGGUGAUCUCAAGCAACACUCAUUAAUUCACACUGGAAAGAAACCUCACAAAUGUGAGAUUUGUGGGAAAUCUUUUACUAGGUUAGGUGAUCUCAAGAAACAUGUAUUAAUUCACACUGGAAAGAAACUUCACAAAUUUGAGAUCUGUGGGGAAUCUUUUGCUACAUCAGGUGAUCUCAAGACACAGGCAUUACGACACACUGGAAGUGGACCUCACAAAUGUGGUAUCUGUGACAAAAGUUUCACUUACUUGGAUACUCUCAAGACACAUGCAUUACUUCACGUCAGAAAGAAAUUGAAUAUACGCAGCCAACUGAAAUGAUGCACUGAUACAGUGGUGUGGUGGUGCCGAGGCAACAGGUGUGCUGACCAUGUACUGAGCCAGCAGGGACAGCAUGAGGGCUGCCAAGAUACAUCAGCUGGGCAGUGGCUAAGCUGGUGCAAUGGUGAUGCCAGUGGACAGUGAUGGAGUAUUGUGGUUCAGAAUGACAGCAUUGGGGCCAGCAAAUGUUGUUACCA